CUUCCCAUCGACGAACAGUUGUUGCCUGGCGUUCGGCUGAGUCGCACGCAACGCAUAUUGCGGGGCCACGAGCAACGACCAACAUUGAAUCAUUACAUUACACGCGUUCUGUCUACAACACCGCGACUCGCUUUCCUUGCGUCUGGGUUUCAUUGCCGUCGUCAUCGAGUGCAUCGCGCUCUUUGUCCGCCCAGCCGACGAAUUAUUCAACGUGGAUUAAUCCAGCGAUCAUUUCCUGCAAACCUGCGAGGAGCACGAAGUAUUAUCUGUCAAAAAAGGGCAAAACAUUAACCAAUCAGAAUGUCUGUGAUACGUCUAAGCCUUAAACGGGGCGUCAAUUGUCUCUCUGCCAACAUUUUACUGCAAAACCAACAAAAAUUCGUGGUGACAAUAAUGGCCGCCAAGAACAUGUCCACCAUACCUGUAACAAAAAACAUAACCUUGUUAACAAACGACAAGGCAAAAUCAAUCUCAGACGUCGCCGAAGACAAACCGUUGUCCAUAAUGCACGCAUGGCUCCUCGCACGUCCGAAACACAUAAAAAAAUACGCGGAUAUUUACCUAGCGAAGAACUUCAAUGUUUUAACCGUUAACGUAUCACCCUGGCAACUAUUAUGGCCGCAAUCAGGCACACAAGUCGUCGCUGGUGAUCUGCUGAAGUUCCUCACGUCGAACUUCCUCACCAGUCCACUAUUUCUACAUGGAUUCUCAGUUGGUGGUUACGUCUGGAGUGAAACACUUGUUAAAAUGUCUUCUGAGCAAGAAAAAUACAAACCGCUGACGUCACGCUUCGUCGCGCAAGUCUGGGACUCAGCCGCUGACAUCAACGACAUCCCUGACGGCAUGCCGAAAGCUCUCUUCCCGAAAAACCCCGUCAUGGAGACCGCAAUGCGCACGUACGUUAACUACCACAUGCGCACUUUUGACAAAGUCGCCACCUGUCACUACAUCCGUGGCUCGCAAAUGUUCCACACGAACUUCAUCCGGACGCCAUGUUUGUUCAUGGUGAGCGCACGUGACCCCAUCGGGAAAAUCACCUCCAAUCAGGCGGUGCGUGAUAACUGGGAGGCGCAGGGCAUGGAAGUGUACUGGAAGGACUGGGUGGACUCACACCAUGUCGGGCACUUCAUCAAGUAUCGCGCCGCUUACACGGAGCUACUAGAUGAGUUCCUUGAUAAGGUUCAAUCGAAUCUGAUCAGAGUAGAAAGCGAAAUAAGACGCAAACAAGUUCGUGAAUGAUUGCAAAACUCUUUUCAAUGUUCUCUGCGCCCUCCCAGCUCAUGCAUGUCUCCUUUUUAUGAAUAUAACCUUGAAUUUUCAUUUAUUUUGGGAAUUAUUAAUAUAAUAUCUAUGAUAUCAAUAUAAUGUGAUAGGAAUAUUUAAACUUUUUGGUUCUUUUAUAAGAUUAAUCAUAAAAUAAACGAAAUUUGCACGAAAA